UUAAGUCGGUCAGUAACUCUGAACAGUUUGAUACAAACUGUGGAUUUUCAGAGUUUUGCUCACUAGUAUUUGUUUAUAUGUUGCACAUUUCGAUAAAAGUCUGCCAAGCUGUUAAUAAAUUACUCACUGGUUAAUUUUUAAUUUACUUUGCGCCCUUUUGGAACCAGUCUGCAGAAACGUCGCGGGCGGCACAUCUUUUUUAACUCUAGGAAUGACGAUGACGGGAACAGCGCUGAUUUAUGAUGAAGAGAUGACCAAGUACAAACUGCUCUGGGUUGAUCCAGCUUGUAAGAUUGAGGUGCCCGAGCGUCUGACUGUGAGUCAUGAAGCUUUGGUCAAGAAUGGCCUGGCUGAUCGCUGCGUCUCCAUACCUGUCCGUGAGGCCACGGACGCAGAUAUUCUGCUGGUUCACAGCGAGGAAUACCUGGAGGCAGUGAAGAAGACUCCUUACAUGACUCUGGAGGACUUGAAGGAGUUUACGCUCCAGUAUGGUGACGUCUACUUCCACCCAAACAUCUAUCACUGUGCCAAGCUGGCUGCAGGGGCUGCGCUGCAACUGGUAGACGGUGUUAUGACUGGGAAGGUGAGGAAUGGCAUGGCUUUAGUCAGACCACCAGGACACCACAGUAUGCGCAGUGCUGCUAAUGGUUUCUGUGUGUUCAACAAUGUGGCCAUAGCAGCUCGAUAUGCUAAACAAAAAUAUGGAGUUCAGAGGGUGUUGAUAGUUGACUGGGACAUACAUCAUGGUCAAGGGGUGCAGUAUUGCUUUGAGGAUGAUCCCAGUGUGCUCUACUUCUCUUGGCACCGCUAUGAGCAUCAGAAAUUCUGGCCUCAGCUUAGAGAAUCAGACUACGACAGUGUUGGCAAAGAGAAAGGGAUAGGAUUCAAUAUAAAUGUACCGUGGAACAAGGUGGGCAUGGAAAAUGGAGACUACCUCUCAGUCUUCUGUCACAUCCUUCUGCCAGUUGCAUAUGAGUUUCGCCCAGACUUAGUCUUGGUAUGUGCAGGAUUUGACUCGGCCAUCGGUGACCCAGAGGGUGAAAUGUGCGCCACUCCAGAUGUCUUUGCUCACCUGACUCACCUGCUAAUGAACCUAGCAGGAGGCAAACUGUGUGCUGUGCUGGAGGGGGGAUACAACUUGACUUCCCUCGCCCAGUCUGUGUGUCAGACAGUCCAGACUUUGCUUGGAGAUCCUGUGCCUAGACCUACAAACCUCAACAGUCCCUGUAUAAGUGCACUUGAAUCCCUUCAGUGUGUCCGAUCAGCUCAUAAGGCAUACUGGUCCUGCCUAAAACAUGCAGCUGAUCUGCCCACCUCCAUCAGCACCAAAUGCAUUAAAUUAGCAACAGAAGAAGAAAAAACAGGGAAGGGAGAAGAAGAAAAAGGUGCAGAGGAAAAGGUGUGGCCCGAGCCUCCAAAACGUGUCACUCCUCCUGUACGUUGCGCUUUAGUGCUCCCCGAUGACGUGGCAUGCCCGGACGGAUGCGAACGCUUCAGCUCCUCAGAGGAUCUCGACCCACUCUCAGCCAGCAAGCUACGAGAGAGCUUCUUCAAAGAUGGAAAUGACUCUGCUGCUCUCACAACCCUCUCCAAUCUUAUUGCCCUGACAGAGAAAAUGGAGAAGAACGAGAUCUGCAGUGGCCUUGCGCUGGUCUGUGAUGUCACCAUGGCGAUGACAAGUGUUGUCCAACAUGUUACAGCUUUUCCCAGCAAGCGGAUUUUGGUUGUGUGCGUUGGUGAAGGAAACGUCCCGAGUCACAUUGCAAAAGACAGGGAAACGCUCGUGGUGCAGAUCGGCAGCGUAGAGGCAGAGGAACAGAGCUGCAAAUAUUACAUUCCUGUGUGUCUGAAGAAGGGCUGCAGUGACUCAUCAGGGUUCAUGCAGGCCGUGUUUGGCUUCCUCCUGCCUCUUGGAUAUGAAUAUGAUCCCAGUCUUGUUGUGUUGGUUCGGAUGCCAGAUAGUGGAGUGUGUGACAGUAUGUGGCAACACCUAAUUGGCCUACUGCAGAGCUUUGCACUUGGACAUACACUGGUACUAAUGCAGGAGGAGGACAAGCCAUGUGUUGGACUCACAGCCUCCUCCCUCCUUGGUCACCCAGUCUCUUCCCUGGAGCAACUUCAGUCCCCGCUAACAGAGGAUGUGGAGGCCAUAGAGAGGCUGAGACACAGGCUGCAGGCAGACUGGAAACUCCUUCAGACGACAGCACCAGAAACUGGAAGAAGUGAUAAACACUGAAGAUGGAGGAUGUCAAAUUGACUUUUUGAUACUUUUUUUUUUUUUUGGGGUAACUUUUGACUGUUUUUAAUGUCCUACUGCUUAUAAAUUAUACAUGUUCACGGGAAUGAAAGCAAAACCAUUAUCAAUGCAAGCUUGUAUCACCUCAAACAAAUUUCCAUCUGUAACAUAAAACUCUGUUUAAGUUAUUUGAGAAGCUGAGCUGCUGUAUCACUUGAACAUCCUCUCAACCUUGUUGACAAAGCAAAUAAGGUGACAUUUACUGAUCUCCAGCUGAUAUUUGUCCCUGUUGUUACAACAGUUUAAUGGUGGUUACAUUUUUAAUUUUUAAAGUUUUCAUUUUAACAGGAAGUUCCGUUGAUAGUAUUUCGCAGGAGACCUGGCCAAAGUAGCAGCCAUACAAAGUCACAUAUUUGACAACAGUGUGAUGAAGAGCCACCACCUAAUGAAUUUCACAGCUGCUUAAAUGAUUAUUUAAAGAAUCACUGAGCAGUUUUUUUUUUGUGUGUCUUCGUACGUUGACAAGCUGAUUGACUAUUUGACUGAUUUCAGCUGUAAAUUGAAAUCUUGUACGUUUAUGAAAAUUUCGAUGUAUAGCAUUUGAUAUUCUCUAUAAUAAAUGUUAAAUUUUUAAAAUAAAUGGCUGCCAAAUAGUUAGUUUUCAAGGUGUCACUAAUGCUUUUAUAUAUGGUUCGAACAUCCCUGCAGAGGUUUCUUUGACCACCAGGGAAGCUUUAAGCAGGUUUGGAUGUUCAUUCUCAGCUUUUUAGUCACAAUUCAGCCUUCAUUCUCUUACACUUAUUUUAUUCUUGAAUAUUUGUUUGUAUUGAGAAGUUGCUUUUAAUAUUUAUUUUGUGGCAAGUCUUGCUACUUACUUUUAUGUAGACAUGUUGGUCAUUUAUACAUUAUGUUGGCAUUUCUCUUUGCUCGUUUCUCAUUCCAAACUUGCUCAAAGAGAUUUGUUGGGAUUCUCUCUCUAAUACUGAGAGAAACUUCUGACCUUAACUCUUUAAAAAGUGCGGUGAAAUGACUUACAUUGUGAUUUGGUGCUAUAUAAAUAAAACUGGAAAUAGGAUGACCAGAUCCCAACAAACUGGAGGGUCCUGGGUUUGAAUCCGCUGGCUGCAGACAGAUUGUCAUGAUACUGGGUCAUUUGGCUCAGUGGUUCAGAGUUUUUGGACUUUCUAAUGUUUAUUUAACAAUUCUCUUUGAUUCUGGGUUUAUUUAUUAUUUUUUACCAUAUAUUGGUUCAUGUGUUUGUUUGUUUUUUGUUUGUUUUUUUUACUCUUAGUGUAUUUGGUUUUGUUUCUAGUUCCAGUUGCUUUAGUUCUUUCCUCAGUGUCCCAUCCGCUUGUGUCAAGCCUUCUGUAAUAAGUUCAUUCAUGUGUCUGUUUUCCCCAUUUAGUUUUGCACU